UGACAAGCGAAAGCGGAAGUUGUUUUCCCACGCGUCCGCCUCGAUGUCAAGCGAUGUAGCAACUGCAGGUGGUGAAGCGAGACGCUCUUUAUUUCAACAGUUUUCGAGUCCGAGUCUUAUUAGAUACUUGGCGCGUGCGUGUGGGAACGAGAGCAUGACGACGCCAUGGAGACGCUGCUGGGCGCAGUAGUUUUCUCCUCGCCGUAGAGUUGCGUCACCGGUGACACAUCGAGAUCCUUGGUGACAAAACAGCCUUAAAACACCGAGGAGGUGAUGUAGAAUCGCUAGGAGCAUAAAUGCGCUUUAAUUGAUCACAGAGUACGUCAUAUUUCAAGUGGAUCGAAGGAAUGCUCGACGCGGCCAUGAGGACCAGGGUGGUGGGUUUAGCUAUCGGGGCGACGGCGGGUUUGGGUUUGCUCGCCUUCAUCAUCUACCGGGAGGUGAAGAGGAGGAGACGCCAGAGACCGAUGCUGGACACUCGGACACACACCCGGCUGUGUGACGCUGCGGACGGAGCUGCCUUGCUGCAGGACACGCUGGACGCUCAGGAAGCAGAGGCCCAGCAGCAGGCUCUGGCAGCUGUGGAGGCGGUGGUCCAGGGUCUUUCUCCAGAGCAACAAAUAGGGAUCAGAAACCAACUGGACCAGGUUCUGAACUGUGUGUCCACGCUGAGGUCGGAGGUGGCAGAGCUGAGGGGCGGCCUGCAGGACAUCGCUGCUCAGAUCAUUCAGGAUGUCAAAAAGGGUGUGGAGGACAGCCAGAAAGGCCGGCGGCGACGGCACGUCAUUCACAGAGAGCGCGCCGACUCUACAGGCUCCAGCUCCAUCUACUUCACCGCCAGCCAGGGAGUCGCCAGCACAUUCGAAGAGACCAGUGAAGGAGGGUACUCGACGGCGUACGCGGAGUCGGACUACACCGACAGAGACACUGACAGAGAGGAGGGGGAGAGAGAGGCGGAGCAGGACUCCGAGGAGGAAGAUCAGAGCUGUGCCACGGUCCUCACCCUACGCCAGGAGGACUCUCAAGAUGAAGAGGAGGGUCCAGAGGAGCAUGAGGAGAAGUCACUUCAGGUCCUUAUGGAGGCGCCCAGCGUGGAGCUGGCUCUGCUGCUGGCCCAGAGUGACAUCCUGCACACAGGGGACGCCAGCCUAAAGGCAGAGGGCUACAGGCUGCUGAUGGAUAACAAAGCCGAGUACGGGGACAGCCGUGAGUUUCUAUGGCGAAUGGCUCGUGCCUACUGCGACAUGUAUGACUCCGCUCAGACAAAGCAAGAGAGGAGGUCCUACGCACAGCAGGGUCUGGAGGAGGCGGAGCUGGCGCUGAAGAAGAGCGACCUGAACGCAGAGUGUCACAAAUGGUGCGCCAUGGCCAGCGCUCUCAGCUCCCAGCACGAGAGCAUGCACGGCAAGAUGAAGAGCGGCCACAUUCUCAAGGAGCACCUGGAUCGAGCCCUGGCCCUCAAAGAGGACGACCCCAUGUGCUUCUUCCUGCUGGGCAGGUGGUGCUACCAGGUGGCAACUCUGGACUGGCUGGAGAAGAAAGCCGCUGCAGCUCUGUACCCGUGCCCCCCCUCUGCGACCCUGCGCGACGCUCUUGAUAACUUCCUGAAGGCUGAAGAACUGAGUCCUGGGUUCUUGAAGACGGUGAGACUUUACAUCGCCAAGUGCCACAAAGAGCUGGGAAACCUGAAUGAGGCUGCGCUCUGGAUCAAACAAGCUGGGAAUAUGCCUGCUAAUAGUCAUGAUGAAGAAAACGCUCUCCUGGAGGCAGAGCUUGGGAUCAAAGAUGAGUAAAACCAGGAAGGUCUGCGGAUUGGCCGCGCCAUCUGCCAGUCAAGUUCAACAGUCACUGUGAACUUUAUAAAUGUUUUCUUUAAAGUAUUUUCUAUUUAUUGGUUUGUGGUUGAACGUGAAUAAAGAACAUUUCAAACUCGGAAAGGUGAACAGUUGCCUCGUGGUGUCAUGAAUGGAGUCCAGAUGAUGUAGUUUAAACAUGUAAAUACUCGCUAAUGUUAGUGUGAAAAAGCAGAACUGCUGCCGCGCUUCAGGGUUAUGUAUUUAUUUGAUCUUAAUAUUCAGUUCACACUUGAACUGUUGUACCGUCACUGUGUGAAACUGCCUUCUGAUCAGUUCUAACUCAAAUAUUUUCAUUUGACCGAUUAUUCUAAUGUGUUGCUAUUUAUGUGGAGAGUGGAAUAAAGUGCUAUGAUUC